AUGAAUGAAUUAUCUAACCAAAAGAAAAUAAAGAAAAAACAUGAACGAUUGGAGAAACUUUGCAGAACUGUUUUGAAGCACAUUCUAAACUAUCAGCAAUGCUCUCAAAUGAUUGACUAUCGACAACCUCAUUUAAGUGAAGAAAAAAUUACUCAAUGGAUGCAGAACAACAAUAAUAGUUUAAUUGGUUUUCCAUAUUUCAAUGGAUCACUUGAAUUCUUCCAUGACCUCAACGAUACUCGCUUCGCAAGCGACUUUCCGACGUCAACGAACGGCCCAACUCCUGUCCUACCGCCAUUCACAUUGUGGCAGACAAUAUUUAUAGCAAUAUGCUUAGCAGCAUGCAUUUUAUUAACUGUAGGUGGCAACACGCUCGUACUUUUAGCGUUCAUUGUCGAUAGGAAUAUUCGACAGCCUAGUAACUAUUUCAUAGCUUCCCUCGCUGCCACGGAUAUGUUAAUUGGAACAGUUUCAAUGCCAUUCUACACUGUUUACGUUUUAAUGGGCUACUGGGAUCUUGGUCCGCUGCUAUGUGAUCUUUGGCUUUCAGUGGAUUAUACCGUUUGUCUCGUAUCUCAAUAUACCGUUUUAUUAAUCACAAUUGAUCGCUUUUGUUCGGUGAAAAUUGCUGCCAAGUAUCGAGCAUGGCGAACAAAAGAUAAAGUACUAUGGAUGGUGACAAUCACGUGGAUAAUUCCAGCGCUUCUCUUCUUUAUAUCAAUUUUCGGAUGGGAGCAUUUUGUUGGUUAUCGAGACCUCGCUCCUGGUCAAUGUGCUGUACAAUUUUUAAAAGAUCCUGUUUUUAAUACUGCCUUAAUUAUUGGAUACUAUUGGACAACAUUAAUUGUUUUAUUUGUUUUAUAUGGUGGGAUUUAUAAAACAGCUUAUGACAUGCAAAAGAAAAGCGAAGCGAAACAAAGGAAAAUGCAAAGUAUGGUGGCUUUAAGUGCUGGAUUUACUGGAAUGGCGGGACGUGCUGCUGGUAUUGGACUCUCGUCAAAAGCAGAAUCAAGUAUUGGUGGUGACAAACUCAUAGUAACACCAUCAACAGCACAAGAAAUUAAUGACAAAUCAGAUUCCAGUAAAAGUGGACCUGAUGGUUCUUCCGAUGAAAGGCCUAAAAAAGUAGAAAUAAAGAAAAGCUCAUCGAUUGGUGUGGGAAAUAAGAAAUCGUUGAACGAUCAUAGUAAAUCAAUGGAUGAAAAGAAGAAAAAUAAAUCAAAAGAAGAGAAUGUGACUGGUGAUAAAAGUGAGAGGUCGAGCAGCCCUGCUUUUGAUUCUGAUGAAGAAAGUUCUGGUAAUACGAAUCAACAAGAGCAAGUCAUGUCUUCAGAGAUUGAAGGAAAGAAACGUGCACCAUCGAUUGUUGGUCUUCUAGAAAAUCUUUUGCCUCUCACAAAAUCAACUUCCGAACACUUGAAUCAUGACAAGCUUCAACUUCACAUCAGCCUUCUUGAUCAAGACAUGAAAUUAGAAACGAAAGAAGUGAAAAGUUUAUCACAACCAAUUUCUCCUGAGACUAUUGAGCCGAUAAGAGUGAAGAAGGAGGAUCGGAUUAAGAGUUUGACUAAGACAAUACUUCCCCCACCAAGUGAUUUUAAGACAAGUCCCAUUGUCAAUCGAAGUCGUCCACAAAGUGUGAUAAGCGAUGGCGAGGGAAUGAAAGACUUAUCUGAUGAUGUGGUCUGUCGAAUGGAUGGUGCUGAUCUUCGUUUCAUGGAUGAAAGUUCUGUUAUGCUUCCAUCACCGUCAAAUGAAAGUCCACCAACAAAUUUCCCUAUUCAUCGACCUCACGGGAACACCAAUAGUCAAAACAAUAAUAUCGCAACGAAUCCAUCGCUGCUUCGUUCAGCUUUAAUUCAAGCGACAGCACAGUCGCAACACCCUUCACCAAAGGUUCUUAUAAAGCCAAUGGAUAUGCAAUCAAGUCAAUCACCAAUCAAUAGAGAUUCGAAUCAUCAUUCACCACCUGCUGAGACACAAAUCAAUAAGUUUAGCACAGAAGUAUCAGUGACAAAUCAUAACGAUAAUAAGCCAGUAACGACAAUAAUAAAUAAGGCAAGUAACUUGGAUGGUAAUGAAAGCCGUGAUGAGAUUGAAAAGGUGUCAAAUGAUUUCGGCAACUUGAACGCACCACCUUCAACGCAUAAAAAUGAUGAGUCAAAUAAAAAUAAGACGAAGGUUGAAUUGAAAGGCAAUAAAAGUAACAAGAACAGAAGAACUUUUCUUCAAAAUAUUCGUAAGCGUUUGCGUUUGGAUGGAAAGAAGAAAGCCGGGCCCUUGUUGGGAUUUGUAAGCAAUCGUCAGAAGUCAAAAUCGGAGAAUCGAGCACGCAAAGCUUUUCGCACAAUAUCAUUUAUCCUUGGUGCUUUCGUCAUUUGUUGGACACCAUAUCACAUAUUAGCAUUGGUUGAAGGCUUCUGCAGGAAUCCACCAUGCACCAAUGAACAUUUGUAUAUGUUUACAUACUUCCUUUGCUAUGCCAACUCGCCAUUGAAUCCAUUCUGUUACGCUUUGGCAAAUCAACAAUUUAAAAAAGUCUUUACAAGACUUCUGAAGCUUGACUUCCAAAUGAGAUAA